UAUACGCACACAGAUUGCCAUAACGGCUGCAGAUAAGCAUUGGAAUCAACAUGUGCUUGUUUUUGUUUUUCGUUUUACUCAUGUUAGGGUUUGGAAACGUCUGUUUUACAGUACAAGUCCAUGACCAUGACUGUCCCCAUCCGUGCGUUGUAAACGGUCAUCAUUUCUGCUACCCUCCGCCCUGCCCACCCCCGGCAUGUUCGGACCCCGUGUACGCCCCGGGACAAUGUUGUACUGUCUGUCCAGAUGACUGUCCUCACGGAACCUGCAGAGUGGGAAACAGGACUAUGUGUUACCCUGUUCCCUGCCCCCUCCCCCCGUGUGAUAACCCUGUCACCACCCCCGGGGACUGUUGUCCACAUUGUCCGAAAGACUGUCCUCAUCCAUGUGUCGCUGGAGGAAAGACCUACUGCCACCCAGUACCAUGCCCCCACCCUCCGUGUGACAACCCCGUGACCACCCCCGGGGACUGCUGUCCUCACUGCCCGGACACUCUGUAGAUAUAUGUCAAUAAACCUAAAUAUAGAUCAUUGAUCAGUCGACUAAUGAAAUCAUUGAUGAAAAUGCACAAUGAAUUACUUUUU